AUGUCAGAGCGGAGUGAAGGUUUCGUUAGGAAUAAGCAAAAUCUUGUGCUUUGGGGCACAUUAAUAGCAAUCGCACUCUUGAGAUACUUGUACGUUGCAAUUUGUGGUGUAGGACAACGACCAGUGGAAGCACCUGCGGGCGCAGAGGACGCAGAAGCCCAAAGUCGCAACAAGGCUGCAGAAGAAAGGUUAAUCAAUUUAUUGGACAAAACAACAGGGCCUUUCAAAGCAACAAAGACAGAGGGAGAAAUCGCAGAACUAGAAACCGGAGAACUAGAAACCGCACAGGGUGAUAUUGAAGAAGGAGUCGUAUCAAGUGGCGACUCUGAUGAAAACGGGGUCCAGACAGUUUCUAAUGCAUGUGCAGUUUGCUUGGAACCGUUUGACGAGGGCGAAAGGGUUGUGAGCUCCGUGAAGACAAAAGGAUGCCCACACAUAUUCCAUGAAGAAUGUUUGAAAGAAGUAAUUACGGCUUCAACAAGUAAGGGGAUCUACAGCGUCCCUUGCCCCUGCUGUAGACAAACAUUUGUGGAGACGGGACCCACCAAAGUCUCGUCAUAG